CUUUUCCUGGCAGCUCAAACAAGAUGCUGGAUAACACUCAGCCAACCAUAAUGGACGAGCUUGAUGCGUAAGUUGAACAUGCUCUAUCUAUUCAUCGGACCGCCCACUUCCGCAACCCGAUCUUCGGCCGAGACGCAGAUCUUCCCCAGAAUUGACGUAAGCAAGUCUGGGGUAGCGGGGUAGAUAAGUUCGGAGACCUCGGGGGACAACACACAAGAUGCUGACACUUGAACUUGGGCUGAUAGGAUAUACCCACGUCAUUGGACAUAGCUACCACUCUUCAAGCCUCGGGAGUACAAAUCGGCAAGUCUCAUGACCGGCGGACGUGCGCUAUAAAACCUCGACAAGUCCAGGCUCAAGAAAUAGCCUCGUUCUCAUCUGCUGCCUCUCGACAAUAGCAACGCGUCGAGAUGACCUCUCCGAUUGCGAUAUUCGCUAUACCGGCGGUGGUUCUAGCACUUCUCUUGCGGUUCAUCGUCCAAUCCUUUCGCUCUCCCCUGCGAACCGUCCCGGGACCUACCCUCGCCCGAUUGACAGAUGGCUGGUACUUCUGGAAAGUCUGGAAAGGCUCAUUCCAAGAUGUAAACCUGGAUCUACAUAAGAAAUACGGAACGAUUGUACGAUACGGGCCCAACAGAUAUAGCUUCAACGACCCCGAGGCAGCCAAGACAAUCUACGGUCUGGGCACUCACUUCCCAAAGUCAUCGUGGUACUCAGCCUGGGCAAGUCCCGGCACAUGGGCCAUCUUCAGCGAUCAAUCAGUCAAACGUCACAACCAGAACCGAAAGCUAUAUCAAGCGACAUACGCAAUGUCGUCACUUGUUCACUACGAGCCCUUCGUCGAUGACUGCGCCGACAUCUUUGCCCAACGUCUCUCCGAGAUGUCCAGCACCUCGACUCAUCUACCUGUCGACAUGCGACACUGGUUCCAGUGCUAUGCGUUCGAUGUCAUCGGUCUGAUCACAUAUGCAAAGCGCUUCGGAUUCCUAGACAGUGGAGAUGAUGUUGGUAAUGUCAUCGGUGCUUUGGAGGACCACUUAGGUUAUGCGACCCUGGUUGGGAUUUUCCCAAGUCUGCAUAAGUACCUCUUCAAGAUCAGGAACUGGCUAGCCGGAGGGAAAGGAACAGGACGAGCAUACAUCUUGAACUUCACAAACGAGAGGAUCCGUCAAGCCCAGGUAGCUCCCAAGCCCGUCGCCGCGGAGAGUGAGGUCACUAUGGAAGACUUUCUCACCAAGUUUCUGGCUAAGCAUGCUGCCUCGCCCGAUGUCUUCACUCAAUAUCAUGUUCUCAUGGGAUGUACAUCGAACAUGGUUGCGGGCUCUGAUACAACGGCCAUCAGUCUUUCGGCUGUUCUGUACUAUUUACUGAAGAACCCGGAUUGUUUACAGAAGCUGAGGGCCGAGAUCGAUGACUUGACAGCACGAGGAGAAUUGUCAAAAUCUCCCACCUUUAAUGAAAGCCAGCAGAUGGUCUAUUUCCAAGCUGUUAUCAAGGAGGCGCUCCGAAUGCAUCCUGCCACUGGUCUCCCACUCGAGAGAGUUGUUCCCGAGGGCGGCGCGACAAUAUGCGGACGAUUCUUCCCAGAAGGAACUAUUGUCGGUAUCAACACAUGGGUAGCUCACCGCGAUACUCGAGUGUUUGGUCAAGAUGCCAAUUCCUUCAACCCAGACAGAUGGCUCACGGCCGAAAGCGAGAGAAUCUCCAUGAUGAACCGUUACUAUAUGCCUUUCGGACUCGGCUCACGAAACUGUAUCGGCCGACACGUCUCAAUGCUUGAAAUGUCAAAGCUAGUCCCACGAAUUAUCCGCGAUUUUGACUUCAGCCUCGAUUCAUCUUUGCAACAUAAGGAUUGGCAUACCCAGAGCUAUUGGUUCGUCAAGCCGUUGGACUUUAAAGUGCGCAUUCAACCACGUGUUCUGGAGAAACAGAGGGCAUGAGGGAGUCAACCCUUACCUAUGCUUAUUGAGCUUUACCUUAGUUUAUGUGAUCUUACCUAAGCUUAGUUGGCUUUAGUCGUUUGUUUGAUAACAUAUACCUGCAUUGACAAGAUCAAUAUCCCUUUGUUCAGUUCUGACUUAGAAAAGCUGAUACCUUUUAAGAUUAGCUCACUGUAUUUACAUUGAGUUUGUCACUAAAAGAGAGGUACAUCUUGCAAG